AUGCUUCUCGAGGACCAGCGCUUUAUACACGAAGACCUCGAACGCUUAGAACAAGCAAUCACAGAGCGAAUCGGCGAGGAUGCGAGGAAUAUCAAAGAUCGCCUAAAUCGCGACCACCAAAUUAAUGGUUUCCUGUCACGAAUACAAGAGCAGUCGCAGCGUCUGUUAGAUUUAUAUCGAGAUCGAGAUGGACAGCUAGCUAAGGAGAAGCAGUCUCUGUUGACGGGAGACCCAUUUGAAGAAUUUCAGAAGCAGUAUGAGCAGAUCAAGGAUUUCCACAGGAGAUAUCCUGGCGAACCAGUCGAGAACCUUGAGCGCGCUUACAAGCGUCGAAGACCUGACGAGGGCGAAGUCAUCGUGUCGGAAAUUGACAACAUGUUCACGGGCGAGGAAUCCAACGGACGUUUCCUAGACCUGAUAGCACAGCACGAGAGCUAUUUGAAUCUGCCGAAUGUGAAGAGGUUGACGUAUUUACAAUAUCUGGACAAUUUCGACGCCUUCGAGCCACCACGUAUGCCGAUAAAGCGACAGAACAAGGUCAAUGAUACGUAUUUGAAAUAUGUAGGAGCUUUGGCCAGUUACCUCGAAAGUUUUGUCAGAAGAACAAGGCCGCUCGACGACCUGCCGAAACUGUUCCUAAAAAUCGAUCGGGACUUUGAUACUGACUGGCAAGCUGGCUCAGUUCCUGGUUGGCCCAAAGAGUCGGCAACCACGAACGGCGCAUCCACUUCCGACCCUGCCACUGAGGGUUCUGGCGAAGGAGUGUGGUGUCCAGAUUGUGAAAAGGAGUUUGGCAGUCAAGGGACAUACAAUGCCCAUCUGGUAGGGAAGAAGCACAAGCGCAACGCAGAAGCACGGGCAGCAUCGGGUGCUACAUCCACAUCCACAACGUCAACACCUACUACAAACGGAGUCAAGAACAGUCAAGGUGCAACCUCUCUCAAAGAACGCCUCAUUGCCAGCCACGAACAUCGCAUUCGCACCCUCUCCGAUCUCCUCUCAAACGAAAGGUCUAACACUCGGGUCAAUGUAGAGCGGAAACAAGGCAUGACGGAACGAGAACGACAGGCUGAACUCGACGCCCUCUUUGCAGAGGACAAUGCAGCCAUUGCUGCAUCCCAUCGAAAUACUGGUGACGGCGAUUCUGACGACGAGGACGCCAAAUCUGAUACAAGCGAGCGAAUUUACAACCCGCUCAAGCUACCAUUAGCCUGGGACGGCAAGCCUAUUCCCUACUGGCUAUACAAAUUACAUGGCCUAGGCGUCGAGUUUCCAUGUGAAAUAUGUGGAAAUUUCGUGUACAUGGGCCGACGCGCUUUCGACAAACACUUUUCCGAGCAAAGACAUAUCUAUGGCUUAAAAUGCCUAGGCAUUACAGGUAGUUCGGCAAUGGGCGGGUUGAGUUUAUUCAGGGAGAUCACUGGAAUUCAAGAUGCAUUGACUCUGUGGGAAAAGCUGAAAAAGGAGAAAAGAGAGCGUGAAAGAGAUGAUGAUGGUGUGGUGCAGAUGGAAGACGGUGAAGGCAACGUUAUGCCUGAGAGGAUCUAUUUGGAUCUGCAAAAGCAGGGUAUUCUUUGA